AUGUGCUUGAAGUGGUGGGAAAUGGGUAAAGGCUUGAUAUGGGCAACAGCGGAGGAUUUGGCAAGAAACAGAGGACAGGUUCUGUCUCUUUAUCGACAAAUUUUGCGUAGCCUCAACUCACCUGGUUUGCCAUUGAAUUUAGCGGCAAGGCUGGCUAAGAAAGCGGAAGUUCGUGCCAUUUUUAUGCUGGGUGCUGAGGAGCAUUCUCUCCGCAACAUUGAAGAUCUUGUUGAUGCUGCUGAGUACUCUCUUUGCCUCUUAAGAAAUGGCGAAAUCCCAAAAUACAUACAAUAA